AUGGUGCGCGACACGGGCCUGCAGCGGACAGAGACCAUCCUCCAGCGUUCUGCCGUUUAUCGGAGAAGCUGUUGGCUGCGCGGGCAGGUGAUGGGGCAAGCCUGGGCCAAGGACUUCUGCUGCACGCAGCGGCAGAUCGGUCCACGUGCACCAGGCACACCGAGUUCAGGCUCGGCGACGCCCACGCCACCUGCAUGCGCGGCAGUUUCUUCAGGCGACAUUCGAAAGUUGGAUUGCGGCAAAGCCGCCAAGUCCAAUGUGCAGCUGAAGGAUGACGAAGGCAGUGGGCGCAGAACUUCGGAGGCGCCUCCGGUGCCCACGACCAACGACACCAGAUGUGACUCUGGGGGGACAGCUUUACCGCCACAGGAGGAAGCCAUGCCUGCGCCUCAUGCAGCGGAGAGGAUUUCGCCCGCGGACCAGGAGGUCCCUUCGGAACUGUUGGAGGCAGGAGCCACUGCCAGGAUCAGCUCCGGUACGGGCGAGCAGGCUGUGCCAAAGGGGAAAGGCAAGGGGAAGUCCAAGAUGCCGCCGCCUCCAAAGGCAGCUGCCCCGAAGCCGAAAGCCGUGGCGCUGAAGCCCACAGCGAGUGCCGGUGUUGGCAUGAGCGCAUUAUUAAGCAAGGUGGAAGCGGUUGGCAAGAAGAAAGAUUUGGAAGAAGCCAAGGAGAUUGAGGACAUCGAUCUGUCCCAGAUCGAUCCAACUGCAGCCAGGGAGAAGGUGGUUUGCCCGCGCUGUGGGAAGGAAGUGCUGAAAGAGCACUUUGAGUCGCACAUGACCGCGCAUUCCAGCGAGAUUCUUCCAUGGCUAUUUCUUGGCGGCAAGCGCAAUCUAGAGAACGACAAGGAAAUGACGAUUCGAACAAAUAUCACGCACGUCCUCAAUUUGGCGCACGAUGUCAAUUUGAAGGAUGAUUUCCGAGUGAUUUACACGGAGUACAAUCAGGAGCGAGACCUUCCUUUCGUGUACAAGAAGAUCAGUUUCGGCGACACUGCAGAUCAAAACAUAUUGCCUGAGCUGGAUGGCGCCUUGCAGUUCAUCAACGAAGCACAUUCUUCCAAUGAGCAGCAUCAUGUCCUGGUGAAUUGUGCGCAAGGCGUGUCUCGAUCGGCAUCCGUUGUCCUCGCCUAUCUCAUGAAGUACGAGCAGAUGAGCCUCCGCCAAGCAUACGACCAUGUUCGAGAGAGACGAACAGUCGCAGAUCCACGCAAGGAGUUUGUGGAUCAGCUCGCACAGUUCGAGUGUCAAAUCUUUGAGCUGGACGAGCCGACGUUGACCGGGGCCAUUGCCUUUGAAUGUCGCACAUUGCUCAACUUAGACGACCCGAUGCCAAUGCUGCAGCAGGGGCAGACGGAGAGUGCCAGUGCACAGGAGCUGCAGACUCCUGCAGUUCUGCAGGCAGAGAACAGCGUGAUCGAAGAAGACAUCUCAAACAAACCUGCGAGAAUGGCGGCUCUAUCUUACGAAUCUGUGUCCGAUUGGUAUAAGGACGAGAACCCCGCAGACAGUCCAACCAAGACCACUUCCGAGUGGUACUUGGACUACAGCGGAUCUGAGCUUACGGAGGUCUCCAUUCUGGAUGCCUUUGCCGUGGUGAGGGCAAAGACUCGAGAAAAACAGCAGAGGCAGCAGCAAGGUUUCCGCAGGCCACCAGCCAUGGCACCGCAGCUGCGCGAAUUGCCAGACUCAGUCGUGCAAUUGCUCGUGAUAUGCUUGGUGGACGCCGCAUACGACUGCGACAUCGCAUCAAAGCACUUUCGGGAGCAUUUCAAUGGCAACGAUGCCGCUGAAGAGUUUACAGCGAGCGCAAUUCGGAGUAUUGCUAGAGAGAUGGCGCAUGAUGGGAGCUUGCAAUUCCUUCAUGCCGCCUUCUCUUCUGAGAGCGAUGCUGCGAAAUCCUCGUCUUCGUGCCCUCAGCUGGAGUUCAAGCCGGCACCGCGCGUCACAAAGUCUGAAGGCGGGGUCGAAGUGCCCAAAAUCAGUAUAUUGCCCUGGGUGGCGCUCACCGAAGGCAUUCUGGUGCGGUGUUUGGAACAUCUUGGUCGUUCCGACGGGGCUCGCGCCAUGUACACCUGCCGUGGCCUCCAUGCAGCUGGCAGGGCCGUGACAAGCUUUUGGCUCCAGGUCGUUCUCCUGGAGGAGACUAUAGCUGGAGAGCCUCGCUCGUCUGCGGCCGCUCGAUUUGCAGCUCGACUCGCAGAUUUCGCGGUGAUGCGGUCUGACGAGGUGACAGGUCUGGCGCUGCGCAAUACUGCCGUCAACUCGUGCUUCAGACAAGCCGGCGAGAGGCUUCUACGCUCCGACGAUUUGCAGAGGUGUAUGCUGCAGAAGCCGUUUGGCGUUCUCAGUCGAUUGAUCUUGCACUCCUUCGGUAUGCAGGAGCUUUGCACCAUUACUAGUCAUGGCAGGCUUUUUCCAGCUCUUCGUCGGUUGGACCUAAUUCAGUGUUCCCUGUCCGGCGAAGUCUUCAGUGAGCUGGCAGCGCUCCCAGCUUUGAUCGGAUUUGGCAUUUGGGGGCUGAAGAACACGCAGAUGAUGAUGCCUUCUUGUUGGCCAUCUGGGCUGCAGAAGAUCGAGGAGGUUUGCUUAGAUCCAGUCGAAGCUGCUGGAGCUUGGCCUUCUUUCCAAGGUGAGGAGGGCAGCCCUUCGCGUCUACAUCUGCGGACAACAAGGCCGCGCUUGGCACUGCCGGCGCUCCCAUGCGGUCUUCAGGUGCUCUCACUGACAACAUCGGCCAAGGACGUGAGCAACCCUUUUGUCGAGGCCUUCGCCCUGCUGGAUAAGCACGUGGAUGAAAUGCUAACGGCCCUCCACUGCCUCAACGAUCUCGUCCUCGGCGGCCAUGUCAAACUCGGCUCCGCGAGCAUGGCGAGACUAGCAGCAUACAAAGGAAUGCGGCGACUGAGCUUGGCGGGUUGCGACGGCCUUGAUUGUGAUGACAGCUUCCACCUAUUUUCAUCCCAUGCCUGGCAUGGCCUUGAGAGCUUUGAAGCUCCAGGCAGCCGAUGUUUCAAGACCGAGUCCAUGAAAUUUGUGCUACCCCAAGGGUGCCAUUGCAUUGCGAAUGCUUGCUCCACUGACUCGUCGGGAACGUCACCGUUGCGUUCUUUGGUACCUCAGCCAGGACAUUUCCUCACAACACGCUGCCCCAACGAGUCCACACAGGCUGCUGCAAAGUUAGUGCUAUCGCGCAGUGCAGCUAUGGCAGCUCAACUGAAAGUCAACUGCAGAGAUGUCGAGCCGCUGUUGCUGAGCCAGCUUGUCGACCGAGGCUCGACAUUGCAGCCUGGGAACCUCAUCGUCACAAAAACAUCCAAUGGCUAUCAUACGACAACGUAUUUGGAGCACCUGCGACGGACCAAGUGCCUCGCAUCUGCUCUCUCCAAGUGGGGGGUGAAGCUCGAGGACCGUGUUGCCACACUGAUGUGGAACUCUGCUUGGCAUUACGAAUGCUACCAUGCCAUCCCGUGCAUGGGUGCUGUCCUCCAUACAUUGAAUCUACGACUGGGUCCAGCCGAUCUGGGGUACAUAAUCGAGCAUGCGCGGGACCGAAUUAUCUUCUCGGAUGCAGACAAGCUUGAGCUCCUCGCAGAAGUGGACAAGCAAGUAAUGGCCAAGGUCGAGCUUCUAGUUUGUCUUGGUGAUGAUGGCUUGCCUGGCAAGUGGCAGCUGCCACCAGGAUUGCAGGGAGUCGAGGCGAUGGACUAUGAGCAGUUUCUGAGCACUGGCAAUGCAGACUUUCAGUGGCCUGUCUUCGCCGAGACCACGACAAUGGGCCUUUGCUACACUUCAGGAACCACUGGCAAGCCCAAGGGUGUCGCCUACAGCCAUCGAUCCACUUUUCUGCACACGCUGAUGAUGGUUGGAGCCGACCAGCUUUGCCUUCGUGGAUAUGAGGUUGUGCUCCCUUUCGUGCCGAUGUUUCAUGUGCUGAGCUGGGGAACACCCUUUGCUAUGCUCAUGAUUGGUGCGCGAGCAAUCUUCACAUCCAGAUAUAUGGAUCCUGCAACGUUGGUGAAGAUGAUGACGGAUUGGAAGGUAGACAUCUCGCUUGGUGUGCCCACUGUCUGGCAAGGUGUCAAAGCUCACAUCGAGCAGCAAGGCGUGGAGAAGAUCCGUCAAGGCCUGACCUUGAAGAGGCUUACCUGUGGAGGAAGUGCGCCGCAGCCUGCACUGAUGCGGUGGUUCUACGACAUGCUUGGGGUGGAGUUCCUACAAGGUUGGGGCAUGACAGAGACCAACCCGAUGGGUUCCUUUGGGAUCAGGGUUGCCAAGCAUGCUGACAAAGAAAAGAGUGUGGAUGACACCUUCAGGAACGUUGUCAAGGCCGGUCUUCCACUUCCCGGAGUUCAAGUGCGAAUAGCCAACCCUGACAACCUCGAUGUCGACAUGCCGAGGGAUCAGCCCGGCGAGUUGCUAGUACGGGGACCGUGGAUCAUUCAGGAAUACUUCCAAGUGGAUGCACCAGACAAGUUCCACAACGGUUGGCUUAUCACUGGAGAUGUUGCAAAGGUUGAUGAAGAGGGAGCUAUUGUCAUUAGCGAUCGCUCCAAAGAUGUUGUGAAAUCAGGAGGUGAGUGGAUUUCUUCGAUAGAUAUGGAGAACAUGAUAAUGGCCAUGCCUGACAUCGACAUUGCCGCCGUGGUAGCUGUGGUUACACUCGCGAAGCACAGCAGUGCAGAGAAUCUCUUAGACCGUGUGAAACAGCACCUUUCUUCCGCCUUCGCCAAGUUCCAACUUCCAGAUGACGUUUUAGUGUGGGACGCGAUUCCGAUGACAACAACCGGGAAGCUCGAUAAGAAAGUGAUCCGAGGAAAGCUUAGCGAAGCGAACUACGUUCUGCCGUCGGAGCGAUCUCCGCAAUCGAAGCUUUGA